CAGCUCACAACCUGCUCCCCCACCCACUCAAGGCGUUUACGGUUUUAUUUUGAAAGUUGGCCCUGAUGCUGUGCGGGCAGAUAGGACGCUUAAGACUGUGGAGAAGAGAGGAAGACGUAAUGGGGACAUCAGCUUUUCUCAUCGGUGUCUUAAUGGCCGGGAGGCGUGAAACCGCUCGUUAUGAUCGGUCGUGACGCCACAGGCUCGUGAGCGUUUCGACGCUCCGCCCCGAAAAUCCACCUGCUGUUGCUCUUCCACCUGGAACAGGAGCAACACUGACGGACAGGAGGCCGGGACAGCAGCAGGAGCAGCGGCAUGGGAGGUGUUUUCUCCAACGACAAAAUGGCGACAGUUUUCUCCUAUGAGAGUUCAGAAAUCGACUGGUGUGAAGACAACUACAGACACUCUGAACACGUGGUGGAAUACUUCAACACUAUGAGCAGUUUUGUUUUCUUCAUCAUAUCUCCCAUCAUGCUCUACCUGCUGCACCCUUACGCCAAAGAGAGGAACCUGGCGAUUCACUUGGUCUGGAUCAUGAUGAUAUUUGUGGGGAUCUUCUCGGCGUACUUCCACAUGACACUUAGUUUCGUUGGCCAGAUGUUGGAUGAGUUGUCCAUCCUGUGGGUGCUGGCGGUGGGAUAUGCCGUCUGGUUCCCCCGCAGGCUCUUCCCUUCUUUUAUAAAAGACAGGUCCACAUUUUCAAGUCUCGUCCUGGUGGUCACUGUCAUCACCACAGCGUCGUCAUUUGUAAAGCCUACAGCCAAUGCUUACGCUCUGAACUGCUUCGGCCUGCAUCUGCUUUACGUUCUGGCUUUGGAGAUGAGAUGCUGCACCGACCAGAAGGCUUUGCGACUGGCCAAGCUGUCGGUGGCUCUGUGGGUGCUCGCUAUCUCCUGCUGGAUUAGUGACCGUUUUGGCUGCAGCCUCUGGCAGAGGCUAAACUUCUGUUACCUGCACGGUAUCUGGCACAUUCUGAUCGUCAUGGCUGUGGCCUAUGGCAGCACCUUGAUUGCUUACCUGGAUGCCAACUAUGAGAUACCGUACUCACUGCCUGGACUGCAGUACUGGCCCUGUGAUAAAUGGGCUGUUGGAAUACCUCACAUUGUCCUGAAGGGCUCCCCCAAGACGCAGAAACGGUGCUAACCAAGUUAAAAGUCAUUUUUAACUUUGGCGAAACACUUCUGUCGAUACGCUUCCUUAGUACAGCAGUAAUACACUGAGCAAGACUAGGCAACAACCAAAUCUAAGUGACAGGUAAAGGAUUGGUUAUGCCAUGGAUGGAUUAAUAAGCCUAAUGUGCUGAGAAGCCUGAGGGAUCAGGAGGCCCCAAGGGUUUUAUGACUUGUUCUCCCAUUUCGUCAGGAAGUAAAAUUAUUUAUUAGGCCUAUAUUUAAUUUUUUGUGUCGGCCCGUACCAAUUUUUAAUAUAUGUCUGUUUUGUGUAUGUGCCCAGAGGCCCAUUGUCUUAUUUACAACAAUAAUAAUGACCGUAGGCACAGAGCUAAUGCAAACCCACACAAAAUAAUCCCGUUAUUUAUCAAAUUGAUUAUCAAAUUAAAAAUAUUGCGUAUUUAAAUAUGAAUUUUUUUUCCUGAUAACUAAGUAUUAGUAUUUCUAAUACAAAUAGCAGAACAUUAGGAAGUAUCAUUAUCACUGUUUUUGAUGGAGAAACUUAUUUGCCAAUUCAAUAAUAAUAAUAAUAAUCCAAGUACUGUUAGAAACAGCUGAUGUUUAGAACUGACUGAUGUUGAGCUUGCGCCGAGACCCCGAACGACUGAGAAAAUAAGAGUGUUAUUGUGUGUAUUUUGAAGGGUUUGUCUGUGAAGCGUGUGCGUGCUUUUUGUAAAUGAAUUGCUGGGAUGCACAUUUGAUUCUGCGCAACGUGGAACAUGUGGACAUGUUUUCUUGUGAUGAGACCGAUGCUUUUCUAGUAACAGCCGACAGUCUUGAGCGCGACAGUUUGAGUGAGGCACCACAGUGUGAUAUAUUUUAAAGUCACAUUGUAGUCACACAGUCAUACACCCUGCCGCCAAAGGCCAGAUCGAGCUGUUGAACCAGGGGACCAGUGGUCAAUGUUGAUCUAAAAGGCUUUAAACAGGAAACCUUACUUUGAAAUCGUUGUAUUUCGACGCAAACUCUGGUCUUGACAUGAGUGAUUUUCCUGCUGCUAAUGUAGAGGUACCGCAGUUCGCGACGCACAUUCAUUCAAGCCUCGGGUGAAGUUUGCGUGAGCUUUCUGAACAACGUGAUAGGAACGAUCACGUAAAGGCGUUUGGGAGGAUCUACCACCUUUAUUUUUGGACACACUGCAUCCACUUUAGCAUUGUUAGACCUUUCUUUUUCUUCUUUUUUUCUUCAAACAUCAGUCACGGUUCUGACUGAAUAAUACCAAUUGUCUGGCUCCAGUCUUCCCUAACCACAGCCGUGAUCUCAUCUUCCAGAAAGUUUCAUUUUCUGUUUCCUUUUGUCCGCGCUUACUCCUGAAUAAACCCUCAUGUGUGCUUGCCGCCGUUUUAUAAGGUGAAAGGAAGGUGCCAUCAGUUUAUGUUGAUUUGAGUUCAUAGACCGUAGGUGCUCAAGUUAGUAAUGGGAUUCUUAGAGCCUGCGGAUGCAACGUUUUUUAGGUUUUUAUGCUGGGCACCCAACAAAAUGUAAGUACACGUCAGGGGUUUAAAUCUUAGAAUGUUUUUAUAAAUGAGGUCCCUGAAGUGAGUGUUUAUGGCAUGUUAGAAGAUGCUGUGGUUGAUGACGUUAUUGUAUUUUAAUCUCAGGACAUUUCUUACAUUUUAGCACCACAUGUCUGUGAAUGUCGGAUUAUUCUCAGGUCUGCUUUUUGUCUCGUUCAGGAGCACAACAAGCACAUCCAAAGCGAUUUGUUUUGUAUGACUGUUGCAUCACUGAACUGUUAAAAGCCCUUGAUUUUGGUGACGUUUUGAGAAUAUUCAGGUGCCUUGUGUCUCCAUUCACGUGAUCUUUCCUGAAGGAUACAAUAGACAGAACAAUAGAUGUUUUACUAAAUGAAAUGCACGCGGCCACUGCAGCAGGGUUCAAAAGUGACCUCCUGUGGUUGCUGAAAUUGCUCAAAGGUAUCUAGUGCUUUUAGAAUCUGUGAUUAUUAGCUGGUGACAGCCAGAUGAUAGGUAGUUAUCUUUACCUUGUCAGAGCAAAUCAAACAGUAGUUUUGCAGAAAACUGUUGGCCUCUGUGUCCGGAUCAGGGUUCCCCAACCUCUGGGUCAGGACUCCCUUGCAGGGGAGAGGGGGGAUCACAUGUAAAAUCAGAGGACUUCAGAUAAUUUUCAGCAAAGCCAGCAUCAUGGCUGUAUGAUAAUGUCAGUCAGGUUGGUUCACUGCUUUGGUCCAGGCUGAAAUAUCUCAACAACUGCUGAGGUAUUUCCCAUAAAGUUUUGUAUAGAAGCUCAUGAAACCUCAGAGAAUGAAUCCUACACACUCUGGUAAUCCCACAACCAGGGCAUUUAUUCAGUCAUAGAGAAAGAUAUGCUUUGUGUACAUUAUUUAUUCAAAGUCAUGUUUGGAUUUUACUGAAAGUGUUUUUGGAUACGUUUUACCUUCCAAUAAAUUGCUGUUAUGUAU